UGCCCUUUCCCAUCACAUCACAGCACUUCACUUUCCCCCAAAGAAGCGUCUUGCAGCAAAAUCGUUUGCUUCGAUUUAGGGUUUUCUCGUAUUCUGGGAAAUGGCUGAUUCUCCUCGCCAAAGGUAUUCACGCUCUCCUUCUCCUUGGGAAGAAAAGUCGAGAUCUAGAUCUAAAUCAAGGUCUAGAUCUCCACCUGGGUCAUAUUCAAGGCCAAAGGAAAGAUCAAGGUCAAGAAGCCGUGGAAGGGAAGAAGUUUCUAAUCCGGGAAACACACUUUAUGUGACUGGUUUGUCUACAAGGGUCACGGAAAGGGACCUGGAGGAGCAUUUCUCAAAGGAGGGGAAGGUGAAAUCAGUUUUUCUUGUCAUGGAGCCGCGUUCUCGGAUUUCUCGUGGUUUUGCUUUUAUAACGAUGGAUAGUAUGGAGGAUGCUAAUCGUUGCAUUAAACACCUUAAUCAGACGGUUCUUGAAGGCCGUUACAUCACAGUGGAAAAGUCUCGGAGGAAACGUGGAAGGACUCCUACGCCUGGUCACUAUCUAGGGCUUAAGAACGCAAGGGAUGACGGUUAUCGUGGUGAUCGUGGAGACCGUGGCAGGUAUAGAGAUCGUGAGGACUAUGGGUACCGAAGAUCUCCAAGGCAUUCACCAUAUAGAGGUGGGCGAGAUUAUUCACCUAGGCAUUCACCUUAUGGGGGAAGGUCAAGAAGGGAGCGUUCUAGGUCAUAUUCUCCUUAUGAAAGGAGCUAUCCUCGUGGUCCCAGAUAGGACUUUGUCAAGGCGUAAUCCCCAAUGGCAAUGGAAAACUGCUACAAGAAUCUUUAUAGUGUGGUUUGUCUAGGCUGGUGUGUUUAUGUAUUGUGCUUAUCUCUAGCUGACUUCCUUAUUGUACCUUAGUUUGCAACAAGGUUUAAGUAGCGAACAGAAUGAAAUUACAAACCCUGGGAAAUGUAGUUCUGCUGCUGAUUUGAUGGAACUUUAAUUGAAAAUUUGUGAUUCUUGUA